AUGAAGCAGAGCAUGCAGGGCCCGCGGAAGAAGCAGUCCCGGCUCCGGGCGAGGCCUCUUCUGGCUUGGGCGGUUACGCGGCUCCUUCGAGAGAAGGUGGCCCAUAUAGAAGGCCCCGAGGAGGGGGACCGGGACGGGAGGGAGGGAGACCCAGAGAGGCGGGCUCCCGGCAGCGGGGCAGGCCGCUCGCUGGCUCGGCCCCCGGCGGGGUCGCCCUCCCUGCGCACACACACGCACACACGGGCACACACGCGACGGUGGGGGGGUGGGCGUCAGCUGCGGGCCGCCGGAGUGCCCGACGGGGGCUACAUGCUUUGCCCAGGGAAGCCGGGAGAACGAUGGGCGCGAGCUUUGGGGACGCGAGGGAUGGAGCGAGCGAGCCUGCCGGCUAGGCGACCAGUCCGGGCCCGGCCAGCCGGCUCAGUCAGUCAGCGCGGCGGCGGGGGCAAGGCCGGGUCCCGCUCGGACCAUUUUAACUGCGGAUCCGCCGCCGGCGCGCGCACCCGCGACUCUGCUCCGAGCCGCAGGAGCGCGCGGCCCGUUCCGGCAGGGGGCGGAGCCAGUUGCGGUGGCGCGCUCGUGGCGGGGACGCCGGCGCCCGGCUGCUCACCCGGGACGGCCGUCACACCGGCACUACGGGAAGAAGCCGGCCGGCUAGGGCACGGAGCUCUGGGCUUGCGGGGUGCGGCGCACGCCCCUCCCUCCCACCGCCUAAGGUUUUUCCGAAGCUGCUGGGCGUGCGCCGCGUUUCUGAGGCGGGAGGAGACACUUCCGAGCCAGCUGUGUGACAUCCGUUUACACAGCCGCGCUGACGUCUCGAGGUACAGGGUCUCACUCUGUCACCCAUGCUAAAGUGGGCAGUGGCACAAUCAUGGCUCACUGCAACCUCAACUUCCUAGGCUCAAGCGAUCCUCCUACCUGAGCCUCCUGAGUAGCUGGGAAUACAGAUCCUUGCAGGUGGCUGGUUCCAGAUGGAGUCCACGACCAGAAUGAGAACUUCGUGCCUGCUCUUUCCCAAUUGGUUCUUUCUGAAUAAUGCUUUUAAAUCAAUCAAAUGUUGCCUUUUUCAAGGCUACCUACAGCCCACACCUCCCCAGUUCUGAGCCUAUAAAAACCUCACACUCAGCCACAUGGGGAUACUACCUGCCUUUGGGUGGGGACAAUCCACCUUCAGGUUGGGGACUACCCACUUCUGGUCCAUCUCUGCUGAGAGCUAUUCUGUCACUCAAUAAAACUUCUCCACCUUUCUCACUC